ACCCUUUGCUAGAGCAUGGCAGCAGACACCGAUCGUGAAAUCCCAGUGCACACCCUUUCGCGCCAUCCAGAUCUGUGGUUCGAAGACGGAAACAUAGUCCUCCAAGCAGAGGACACUGUGUUUAAAGUCUUCAAGUCUGUGCUAUCCAAGCACGCACUGCUAUUCGCGGACAUAUUCUCUUUGCCUCAGCCGAGUAAAGAACAGGAGCAGUAUGACGGGUGUGUCCUUGUUAAGGUGCACGACGAACCAAAGCAUAUGGCAACGUUCUUGCAGGCAAUAUUUGAUCCGACGUUCCUGCUUGGCGACUCGUGCAGCGGCCACGAAUACGCCGAGCUGCUUCGACUCUCGACAAAGUACCAGGCCCACUCUCUCCGCCGUCAAGUCUUCACGUUCCUGCAGCACGACUAUCCAGACACGCUGUCGAAGUACGAUCACGUCGUGGGCGACGGAUGCCAGUGCUCCGUGUCUCGAGGGGUGAAAGGUAGGGGCUGGGCGCUGGAUGCUGCGGUCGCAAACGCAGCCAGAGACGCGGAUGCGCCACUUCUCCUCCCCGCAGCCUUGCUCUCCCUGUACUCCGCUGGGAUGGACAUCAUCGUGGACGCCGGGAGCUCAGGCCUCCUGCAGCCACUGAACAGAGACGUGCUCCUGAAGGCGAUCCCGGGCAUGUGGUCCCUCGGAAAGGAGCUCACGUUCGAGCCGCUCUUCUCCGAGCAAAUGCACAUCACCACCAAGUGCAACUCCACCUCGACCGGUGCGUGCUUCCGGAACCGGCACAAGCUCAGAGCUGAGCUUGAGGUUGCACCCUCGCUCAUGAACCCAGUGACACCCGUCUCUUUCCAGCCGGGUGGCACAGUCGCUGGGUUUUGCUCCUCAUGUCAGAAAGCCGUGCAGGAGAGGUACGAGAAGGUCCGCCAAGAAGCUUGGGACAAGAUUCCGGAGGCGUUCAGGCUGCCAGAGUGGGAUGAGAUGCGUAAGAGGGAGGAGGAGCUAUAUAGCACAACAGGACCUGGAUCAGGUGCGAUUGCCUAGAUGGGAUGAGCUUAAACGUACUUGUAGUCUUUCAUAGAAACUGACUUUCGCCUUGAG